AUUAUAAACCGCGGGAUGGAUAUAGCGGCAAGAUUUGAUUUAAGAACGAACUCUUUCUCUAUAGAACAAGAGCAUUUGCCUCACAGUUAUUGGUUCAUUCAUUUUGUGUUUGAGCAAUUUAGAAAUCCUGAUGUUGAAUGAAGGUAGUUGUCUCCCCACGAUGGAUCUGCUACGGUCGGAGCCUAUGCAAAUGGCUCAAUUGAUCAUUCCAAUCGAAUCAGCUCAUCGAGCCAUCUCUUACCUUGGCGAUCUCGGCCUCUUCCAGUUCAAAGAUCUCAAUGUAGAUAAAAGUCCAUUCCAGCGAACUUAUGCUUCUCAGAUUAAACGAUGUGGGGAAAUGGCGCGUAGGCUACGGUUGUUUAAGGACCAAAUGUUGAAAGCAGGCGUGUCACCCUCAACGAGCUCAGCAAGAAAGGAUAAUGUUGAUCUGGAAAUUUUGGAGGUUAAACUUGAAGAACUUGAAGCUGAACUCCUUGAGAUUAAUGCAAAUAAUGAGAAGUUGAAACACACCUACAAUGAGCUAUCGGAGUAUAAGCUUGUUCAAGAGAAGGUUGGUGAAUUUUUCUCUUCAGCAAAAAGUAAUGCCGUAGCUCAACAGAGAAAGCUUGAAGUCCAGAUAACUGUUGAAAGGUCUAUUGACAGCCCAUUACUAUUGGAACAGGAGGAGACGUCAACAAAGCAAAUUAAGCUGGGCUUUAUCAGUGGACUUGUUUCAAGGGAAAAAUCAGUUCCUUUCGAAAGAAUUCUAUUUCGUGCUACUAGGGGAAACGUGUUUCUCAAACAGACUGUGGUUGAUCAUUCUGUUCUUGAUCUUUCGUCAGAGGAGAAGGUUCAUAAAAAUGUAUUUGUCGUCUUUUAUUCUGGAGAGAGUGUUAAAAGUAAAAUUCUGAAAAUAUGUGAUGCUUUUGGAGCAAAUCGUUAUCCUUUCUCAGAUGACUUGAGUAAACAACUUCAGACAAUAACAGAGGUUUCAGGAAGACUUUCAGAAUUGAAGACUACAAUAGAUGCAGGAUUGCUUCACCGGAGCACUCUAUUGCAGACAAUGGCAGAUCACUAUGAGCAGUGGAGUCUUAAGCUGAAGAAGGAAAAAUCAAUUUAUCACACUCUAAAUAUGCUUAGCAUUAAUGUGACAAAGAAAUGUCUCCUUGCAGAAGGUUGGUGUCCUGUUUUUGCGACAAGCCAGAUUCACAAAGUGUUGCAGCAGGCAACUGUGGAAUGCAGUUCUCAAGUUGAGGCGAUAUUUCAGGUCUUAGAGACAAAGGAAUCACCGCCUACCUACUUCUGCACAAACAAAUUCACUUCUGCUUUUCAAGAAAUUGUAGAUGCCUAUGGAGUCGCCAAGUACCAGGAAGCAAAUCCCGGUGUGUACACAAUUAUCACGUUUCCAUUCCUUUUUGCUGUAAUGUUUGGUGACUGGGGGCAUGGCAUAUGCCUAUUACUAGCGGCUUUGUAUCUCGUAAUCAGAGAGAAAAAAUUUUCAAGUCAGAAACUUGGAGACAUAAUGGAAAUGGCUUUCGGUGGACGCUAUAUUAUUAUGAUGAUGGCACUCUUUUCAAUCUAUACCGGGUUCAUAUAUAAUGAGUUCUUCUCUGUUCCAUUUGAAUUAUUUGCUCCAUCUGCCUAUGGAUGUCGUGAUUCUUCAUGCGGGGAUGCUUCUACAACAGGUUUAAUAAAAGUGCGUGACACUUAUCCAUUUGAUGUGGAUCCUAAAUGGCACGGUACUCGGAGUGAACUCCCAUUUCUUAAUUCUUUGAAGAUGAAGAUGUCAAUUCUGCUGGGCGUAUCCCAGAUGAAUCUUGGAAUCAUAAUGAGUUACUAUAAUGCAAAAUACUUCGAAAACGAUAUAAAUAUCUGGUACCAGUUCGUUCCCCAGAUGAUAUUUUUAAAUAGCAUGUUUGGCUACCUUUCACUCCUCAUAAUUGUAAAAUGGGGCACUGGGUCACAGGCUGACCUGUAUCAUGUGCUUAUAUACAUGUUCCUUAGCCCAACUGAUGAUUUAGGUGAAAACCAGCUUUUUUUUGGUCAAAAGCUCCUUCAACUUGUGUUACUACUGUUGGCACUUGUUGCCGUACCAUGGAUGCUAGUACCAAAGCCCUUUCUCCUGCAGAAGCAACAUAAAGAAAGGCAUCGAGGUCAAUCUUACUCUUUGUUGUUCAACAAGGAUGAUCCUGAUGAAUCAGAGUCACCAAGUGUUCCCAGUAAUAUUGAUGAUGAGUUUGACUUCAGCGAGGUUUUGGUGCACCAACUCAUACAUAUAAUCGAAUUUGCGCUUGGAGCUGUGUCUAAUACAGCUUCGUAUCUACGUUUGUGGGCCCUCAGCUUAGCUAAUUCCGAGUUGUCCAGUGUUUUCUAUGACAGAGUUCUGCUUUUGGCCUGGGGGUACAAUAACACUAUUAUUCUCGUUGUUGGCGUUUUUGUUUUUAUCUGUGCAACUGUUGGUGUGUUACUGUUAAUGGAAACUCUAAGUGCUUUCUUGCAUGCUUUGAGACUUCACUGGGUAGAGUUCCAGAACAAAUUUUACGAGGGAGAUGGUUACAAGUUCUUUCCAUUUUCAUUUACAUUACUUACGGAUGAGGAUGAUCUGUAAGGUGCGAAAUACCAGAUGAUUUUCUAAUAGAUAUGCCCCCACACAAUCAAGUGGUGUAUAGUGUAAAGUGAUUUUGAAAUUCAAUUAUUUUAAUUGUUUUUACUCGCUAAUUCUUCUUGUUUCCA